AAACUCACUCAUACAUUCUCACUCUCCUCCGCCUUCCUCCGCCGUCGUCGCCGCCGUCUGAUUUUCCAAUUCUCAAGAAAAGGGAGAGACAAUGAGCAGAAGAAGCAAUGGAAGUGUUCCAAAGCUUGAAUUGAAGCUGAACCUGUCACCACCACGGUCACAUUCACUGAUGUCAUCACCAAGCCGAUCGGCGACAGUGUCACCCACAUCGCCACCAAGCUCUUGCGUGUCGUUGGAGCUAAACCAAGACGAUGGUACCGCACUAAGAUACUCAAGCAGUCCGGAAGCCACCUCAAUGGUGCUGGUGGGGUGCCCUCGCUGUCUUAUGUACGUAAUGCUGUCGGAGAAUGACCCCAAAUGCCCGAAAUGCAAAAGCUCUGUUUUGCUGGAUUUUCUCCAUGAUGGCGGCGCCACCGCACCUCCGCCGUCCACGGCCGUCGCCCGGAAGAUCUAGAGACAACUAAACUAUGUUCAACUUCCAUAUGCAUGUUAAGUGUUUUUAUUUUUUAUUUUUAGAUGUGAAAUUGAAAAGAAAGAGGUGUAGGCUGUUGUUGGGAGAAAAUUGAAGGCCGUGUUGUUAUAUAACAUGGAACCGAGAGGAAGA